CUAAUAGACUCUCAAGAACUCGUCAUCUUGCUGUUCCAUUGCCCUCAAGACCGCAUUUUCGCUUCAUCAGCAAUACGUCUAUCCAGCGCUCGGGCGACUCGCAGGAAGCAAACCCACUGGCAAACCGUGAACCCUGGCCAACCCGCGCUCAAACAAUGGACACCGUUUUACAGAACUUGGGGUCGAUCCCCUGCCCGCAUGGCGACAGGUGCACUGCGUCCGGCUGUCUCUUCCAACACAGCUGGAACAAGAAGCCGGCCGCUCCGGCAUCGGCCAAACACGAUGGUCUAGACGAAGAUGACAAUCCGCGAAAGCGUCGCAAGCUGUCAACAGAGCCUACCCAGAGCACAGUAUCAACAACGGCAGAGCCUUCGAAGCCCAACCUGGAACCUGUCACGGCCAAGAAACCCGUGUCACCCCCACCACUGGGCCGAAAGCCAACAGUUUUGUCUGUUCAGUCAGUUCCGUCUGCAGCUCCUUCAACACCAGCAACCAAACCAGCAACUACACCAUCACAAACCGAUCCAACACCCGUGAAGAGCGCCGAGAAGAGGGUUCCUAUUCGGAAGGUACAAGCUCCUCGCAAGGUCGAGACACUCAAUCCUCGCAUGCUCAAGGGUGUGGCACCUGCUACAUUCGAGUUCCGGUUCAAGGCAUUGACCAUGCUACACGAACAAUUCGUCCGACUGAACAAAGAGAUGGAAAAGGCGGCUGGUAAAGAUGCGGAGAGCAAGAAGUUGGUUCUUACUCCGCAAGAGCUAAUAUGGCUUUCUCUGGACUUGGAGGAGAAGAUUGCGAUGGACAAGCCGUCCAUCUACAACAAUGUCAUCAAGAACCGCAUCAUGGGCUACAAGAAGAUGACGCCCAAACAAUGGAAGGCAGAGCGUCUUGCCGAGAUCAAGAAGGAGGAGGAACGCAAAGCCGCUGCGACCCAAGCAGGCUCCAAGAAGCAGGCCCUCCUCGGUCCUCCCAAGGAGAUCAACACAGGCCUGACGCCGCAAGAGGAGAUUGCCUUCCUACCACACCUUCUCACGUCCAUCACCGAACUCGCCCAGCAUGGAUACGUCCCCAAGCCGCCAUCUGAAGAGGAAAUCAAGAAGGCACGCGAGGGCGUCGAGGCUGCCAUGGGCUGGGAGACGUGCGACCGCUGCACCAAGCGUUUUCAAGUCUUCCCCGGCCGUCGCGAAGAGGACGGCGCUCUCACCACCGGCGGCCCCUGCACCUACCACUGGGGCCGUCUCCUCUACCCCGAGCGCGACCCGACCAGCACCGUCCAGCAAGAGAGGACUUACCGAUGCUGCAAGCAGCUAGCCGGCGACUCAACCGGUUGCACAAGCUGCAGCACCCACGUCUUCACCGUCAAGUCCCCCGCCCGUCUAGCGACCAUCGUUCCCUUCAUGGAAACCCCCGAGAACCCAUCCGUACCCAAGGACCGCGCCGUCUGCUUCGACUGCGAAAUGUGUUACACCGUCAACGGUCUCGAACUGAUCCGCCUCACAGCCGUCAACUGGCCCGACGGCAAAGAACUCCUUGACAUCCUCGUCCGCCCCAUGGGCGAGAUCCUCGAUCUCAACUCGCGCUUCUCGGGCGUCUGGCCAGAGGACCUAAUCAACGCCGAACCAUGGAAGCCCGUCGCUCCUCUUGACCCUGUCACCAACACCGAUUCCUCCCCCUCCAAACUCCCACCCUCAACCAACCCACCAGCAAAACCAGGCCAGCGCAAAAAGAUGCAAAUAGUCUCCUCCCUCACCGUCGCCCGCGACCUCUUAUUCAGUCUCAUAUCCCCCACCACGCCCUUGAUAGGCCACGGCCUAGAAAACGAUCUCAACACCAUGCGCAUCUGCCACCCCACGCUCAUCGACACGGUUCUCCUUUUCCCACACAAGAAACCUUUGCCGUACCGGAACGGAUUGAAGAUGUUGAUGGAGUGGAAGCUCAACAAAGCCAUCCAGGUGGAACCUGAUGCUGAUUCCGCCGAUGGCACGGCACAAGGCGGAAAGCUACUGGGGCACGAUUCAGCCGAGGAUGCGAGGGCCGCGGGAGACUUGGUGAGAUAUGAGAUUCAGCGUAGGUGGGCGAGGAUGAAGAGGGAGGGGUGGACUUUGAAGAAGGGGGUGUUUGUGCCGCCUAAGGAGAAGAAGGGGGCGACAGCUGGGAGUGCUGGGAAAAAGUUGACGGUGGAGGGGAUUGAAGGGACAAUGGGGGCUACGGCGACGGAAGUGAGGAAGACGAGGGAUGGGACGGAGGAGGGCGAGUUGGUUGAGGUUUAGAGGUGCC